AUCCUCGACGACAGGAAGGUGCAAUUCUCUGAUAGGAAAGUGUGUGUGUGCGUACUCACCUGUUUGUGGUUGCAGGGGGUCGAUUCACACCUCCUGUCUGUGUGUGUGUGUGUUUGUUUGUUUUUGUAUGGUGUGUGUGUGUGUGUGUGUGGCAGUACAUGUGCCAGACAGGCAAGCUGACACUUUCACGCCUGCCCCGACAGACGAGCCAGGGGAUCGUUUACAGUGUACUGUGGUUUACGAUAUCCCCAGCACGAUACCCCUCCAGGUCUGUGUGGUGGCACCAUGCCCUCACUGGUAACGCAGUGCACUAGCGGAUAUAUGGAAUCGAGUGUUGUGAGGGAGGACUCACUUCUCGACAGAAGGGAGGUGCAAGUCCCUGUGUAUUUGACCCGUCUCACUGCCACCUCAACUCCAUGACAACUUUUAAUAUUGAUACCAGCGGAUAAUUUUAUAUUUAGUGUCCUGUGUUACCAGAAAGAAAUAACAUGCACGAUAUAAAUCACAUAUAAAUGUUUUCGUUGUCAAUCGAUCAUUGAAUAUAGAUCAUUAGUAAUUAUAGAGAAUAUUUUGGCUGCACUAAGUUGCACUUGUGGCGUCAUUAUGGUUGGCAGGAUACUUCGCACAAUGACUAUUUUGUUCUUGGUCGAUGGUUGGCACAACUUUGGCUUCGUCUCAGCUGGAGACCUUCACUCCAUGGAGGAAGUUAGUGAGGCCCUCCGUCACGUCGCGUCCUCCCUCGCCAACCUCACUGCCUUGGUUGUCUCCGUUACCUCCAUCAAUGCCACAUUGUCUUCCAGUACUGCUGUCUUUGACUCAACCUCACCCAGCAUCCUUCCAGCGACUGCAACACUAACUGUUAUCACUACAUCAACCAACUUAACACCAACUGUAACUACUUCCACAUCAACCACCACCACCGCAACUACUACUACCACAUCAACCACCACCACCGCAACUACUACCACAUCAACCACCACCACCGCAACUACUUCUACCACAUCAACCACCCCUGCACCAACUACUGCCACAUCAACCACUUCCACAUUAACUGCCACUACCAUAUCACCCACCACCACCACCACCACCACCCCAGCUACUACUACUACCACAUCAAUCACCCUCACACCUACUGCAACUACAUCAACCGCCUCUACACUAAGAACUACUACCACAUUAACCACUCUCACACCAUCUACAACUGCUACCACGUCAACCACCACCAUGGCAACUACCAGCACUACUACUUUAACCACCACUCCCUCACUGACAACAAUUACUGCCACAACAACUACCCCCACACCAGCAAUAAUUACUGCUUCAAGAACCACCUCCAUCCCAUCUACCAUCACUACAACCAUACCAACCACCCUCACAACCACCAUUUCCAGUGCCUCAUAUAACACAACUAUCACCCCACAAACUGCAACAACUACAACUACCACCACGCCAGCCACUACACAUACAAUACCAGAAAUCACUACCACCACAUCAUCCUCCACACUAAUACCAACCAAAAACAAUACCAUAACAAGCACCAUCACUAUACCAAGCAUUACCACCACAACCAUCAAAUCAACCACAGCACCAACCACCAUUACUGACGCAUCAACCACUACCACCCCGUUCACCAAACCAAUCACCACUGAUACCACACCAACUAGUAAUAUAUCAAACUUCUUUGCUACCUGUACUAAACCAGUCACAAACACCACCACAGAGACAGCAUCUACCACCAGAGAGGCUGCAUCUACCACCACAGAGACUGCAUCUACCACCACAGAGACUGCAUCUGCCACCACAAAGACUGCAUCUACCACCACAGAGACAGCAUCUACCACCAGAGAGGCUGCAUCUACCACCACAGAGAGCAUCGCACAAGAGGUGCAUCUACCACCAGAGAGGCUAGAGACUGCAUCUACCACCACAGAAGCUGCAUCUGCCACCACAGAGGCUGCAUCUACCACCACAGAGACUGCAUCUACCACCACAGAGACUGCAUCUACCACCACAGAGGCUGCAUCUACCACCAGAGAGGCUGCAUCUGCCACUAUAGAGGCAGCAUCUACCACCACUGAGGCUGCAUCUACUACCACAGAGCCUGCAUCUACCACUAUAGAGACAGCAUCUACCACCACAGAGGCUCCAUCUACCACCACAGAGACUGCAUCUACCGCUAUAGAAGCAGCAUCUACCACUACAGAGACUGCAUCUGCGACCACAGAGGCUGCGUCUACCACUAUAGAGGCAGCAUCUACCAAUGUAGAGGCAACAUCUACCAUCACAGAGGCUGCAUCUACCACUAUAGAGGCAGCAUCUACCACUGUAGAGGCAGCAUCUACCAUCAUAGAGGCUGCAUCUAACACUAUAGAGGCAGCAUCUACCACCACAGAGACUGCAUCUACCACCACAGAGACUGCAUCUACACCCACAGAGACUGCAUCUACCGCCACAGAGGCUGCAUCUACCAGCAAAGAGGCUGCAUCUACCACUACAGAGGCUGCAUCUACCACCAUAGAGGCAUCAUCUACCACUAUAGAGGCAGCAGGCUGCAUCUACCUCCACAGAGGCUGCUUCUACCACCAUAGAGGCAUCAUCUACCACUAUAGAGGCAGCAUCUAUCACUAUAGAAGCUGCAUCUUCCACCACAGAGACAACAUCUACCACCACAGCUGCAUCUAUCACCACAGAGGUUGCAUAUACCACCAUAGAGGCAGCAUCUACCACUAUCGAGGCUGCAUCUACCACCACAGCUGCAUCUACCACCACAGAGGCUGCAUCUACCAUCACAGAGGCUGCAUCUACCACCACAGAGGCUGCAUCUACCACCAUAGAAGCAGCAUCUACCACUAUAGAGGCUGCAUCUACCACCACAGAAGCUGCAUCUAUCACCCCAGAGUCAGAAUCUACCACUAUAGAGGCUGCAUCUACCACCACAGAGGCUACUUCUACAACCAUAGAGGCUUCAUCUACCACUAUAGAGGCUGCAUCUACCACUAUAGAAGCUGCAUCUACCACCAUAGAGGCUGCAUCUACCACUAUAGAAGCUGCAUCUACCACCACAGAGGCUGCAUCUACCACCAUAGAGGCUGCAUCUACCACUAUAGAGGCUGCAUUACUACCACAGAGGCUGCAUCUACCACUACAGAAGCUGCAUCUAUCACCCCAGAGUCAGAAUCUACCACUAUAGAGGCUGCAUCUACCACUAUAGAAGCUGCAUCUACGACCAUAGAGGCUGCAUCUACCACUAUAGAAGCUGCAUCUACCACCACAGCUGCUGCAUCUACCACCAUAGAGGCUUCAUCUACCACUAUAGAGGCUGCAUCUACCACCAUAGAAGCAUCAUCUACCACUAUAGAGACUGCAUCUACCACCACAGAGGCUGCAUCUACCACCACAGAAGCUGCAUCUACCACUAUAGAAGCUGCAUCUACAACCAUAGGGGCUGCAUCUACCACCACAGAGACUACAUCUACCAUUACAGAAGCUGACUCUGCCACUAUAGAGGCUGCAUCUACCACCACAGAGGCUGCAUCUACCACUAUAGAGGCUGCAUCUACCACUAUAAAGGCUGCAUCUACCACUAUAAAGGCUGCAUCUACCACUACAGAAGCUGCAUCUACCACUACAGAGGUUUCAUCUACCACCACAGAGGCUACAUCUACCACCACAGAGAAUGCAUUUACCACUACAGAGGCUGUAUCUACUACUACAGAGGCUGCAUCUACCACUAUAGAGGCUGCAUCUACCACUAUAGAGGCUGCAUCUACCACUAUAGAGACUGCAUCUGCUACCACAGAUGCUGCAUCUACCACUACAGCAGCUGCAUCUACCACUACAGCAGCUGCAUCUACCACCACAGAGGCUUCAUCUACCACCACCGAGGCAGCAUCUACCACAGAGGCUUUAUCUACCACUAUAGAGGCUUCAUCUACCACUAUAGAGGCUACAUCUACCACCACAGAGGCAGCAUCUACCACAGAGACUUCAUCUACCACUAUAGAGGCUUCAUCUACCACUAUAGAGGCUGCUUUUACCACCACAGAGGCUGCACCUUCCACAGAGGCUGCACCUUCCACAGAGGCUGCAUCUACUACUUUAGAGGCUGCAUCUUCCACCACAACAGAAGUUGCACUUUCCAGGACAGAGGCUUCAUCGACCACCGAGGCUGCAUCUACCACCAAAGAGGCAGCAUCUACCACCACAGAGACUUCAUCUACCACGGAGGCUGCAUCUACCACCACAGAGACUGCAUCUAUCAUCACAGAGGCUGCAUCUACCACCACAGAGAUUGCAUCUACCACCACAGAGGCUGCAUCUACCACCACAGAGGCUGUAUCUACCAUAACAGAGGCUGCAUCUACCGCCACAGAGGCUACAUCUACCACCAUAGAGGCUACAUCUACCAUCACAAAGGCUGCAUUUACUAUCACAGAGGCUGCAUCUACCACCACAGAGGCUGCAUCCAUCACCACAGAUACUGCAUCUACCAUCACAGAGGCUGCGUCUACCACCAUAGAGGCUGUAUCUUCUACAGAGGCAGCAUCUAUCACCGAAAGAAUGUCUACCACCAUCGCCACACCAACUACCAUAACUAUGCAGUUCGCUACUAACACACCACACACCAUCACCUCCACUACUUCAGUUACCAGUGAAGAACUUGACCAAGAGAAAUCCAGCCACGAAGAUGGAGGACAAGAACCCAAGUUUGAUGAAGGAAGCUCUACAGGCAAGGGCCGAAGAAAGCGACGAGGGGUUGCCUUAUCCAGAGGUGUCUUUUAUGUCACGCGAUUGAAGAGUGUUAAGCCUGUUGAUAAUAGGAAACUCCAGAGAGCAUCAAGGCCAAUUAGGAAACGAAGGUCAUCUUUCGAAAACACGGCUUCAGAAGCUGCAGAGGCCUUGGAAGCUACUGAAUCCAUGCGGUUCUUGGAGACCACAAGUACUCAUAUAAUCCCAAGGAACAGCAGUUGGUGGAGACGAGUAAACGCCACCGUGAAGAGCAUCGACGUGCUAGUGGAGGAGGUGUCAUCAGGCACAAUGGAUGAGCAGCACGCUCUCCGCCUGCACCAAGAGGCGGACACUCUGGACGGCUUGGCGAUGGAAGGUGCCAACGACCCUGACCUCGUCCUGCAAGCUCAGAACGACUACAUCCUCACCGUGAUGGAUACCAUCCGAACCCUCUCCGAGGAAGUAAACAAUACAAGAAAAACUGUUGACUCCAACAUUGCUCGCACAAAGAAGGCGCGGGUGGCAGUGAUAGCUGGUAUCAGUGUGGUAGGUGUGGUGGUCACUGGUGUGGGCAUUAUCAUCUUCACCUCCAACAACCUGUGUUCCCGCACCAGUGUUCUCUACAUCACUCACGAAAAGUGGAGCAGGAGGCCCCUCACCCACGUCUACCUUGACGACGGCUCCUCUGGCAUCAUCAAUGCUUCUUACGUCAGUUACCCGGAACUAGGUGCCACCGAGAGAGAAGCGAAUGAUGGCGUUCAUCUCCCCAUGACCACAUUCAAGGUGGACCCAUGAGCUGACACCAUCUUACGAUCACCACAUUCAUGGUGGACCCAUGAGCUUACACCAUCUUACCAUCAACAUUCACGGUGGACCCAUGAGCUAACAUCUACCCUGGCUGAUGUCCCACUCUCCCAUUACACUAGCUAACAAAAUAUAACUUUUUAUCUAGUUAAGAAACCAGAUUGCUGGUUUUAAGCUAACUUUGAUGCUCUGAUGGCGAAUCUGAGCUUGUUUAAUCUCUCUCAUUUUUUUUUUCAAUAUUAUAAUGAAUAUUUUGGCUAUUUAAAGUUGAAGAACCACAUGAAAUAUUGAUCUUCCUCAACGUGAAGCUUAUUGUUAGGUUCCCCUGAUAUAAUCUUCAUGGUGGACAUGUCUUAGUGAGACAGUUCAACGUGGGGUUCUAGUUCACAGGAACUGUGAUUUCAGCCUCAUAAAAUAAGCCAGAAACACGUUUGUUAAAUGUAAACGGAAACCUUUGUUGGUGGCCUGUUAUUAUUAUUAUUAUUAUUAUUAUUACUGUUAGUAGUACACCACUAGUAAUGGGUAGUGCCUCUACCUUCCUCAGUAGUACACCAGUACCGGGUUUACCUGGAGAGAGUUCCGGGGGUCAACGCCCCCGCGGCCCAGUCUGUGACCAGGCCGCCUGGUGGAUCAGAGCCUGAUCAACCAGGCUGUUACUGCUGGCUGCACGCAAACCAACGUACGAGCCACAGCCCGGCUGAUCAGGAACCGACUUUUUUUUACCUUCCCCAGUAGUACACCAGUACGGGUAGUGCCUCUACCUUCCCCAGUAGUACACCAGUACGGGUAGUGCCUCUACCUUCCCCAGUAGUACACCAGUACGGGUAGUGCCUCUACCUUCCCCAGUAGUAACACCAGUACCGGGUAGUGCCUCUACCUUCCCCAGUAGUACACCAGUACCGGGUAGUGCCUCUACCUUCCCCAGUAGUACACCAGUACCGGGUAGUGCCUCUACCUUCCCCAGUAGUACACCAGUACCGGGUAGUGCCUCUACCUGGCCCAGUAGUACACCAGUACUUAGUGCCACUUCCUAGCCCAUAGUUUAAUAACUUUAUUAUGCACCACAUGCCUAUCCUGUGGGUAGUUGUAGUAGUCACCCCAUCCCAUCCCAGGGGUAGUAGUUAUAAGCUUACAGUGGCACAUAAGUGCAGGUAGAGUGAUACGGGAGGACCUCAUGUAUUUGUUGAUAAUCGUGUAAGAAUUAUAUCAUAUAUUUUUUCCUGUAAUGAAAUACUAUAUCAGUAAAAUAUAAAUCACGAUAUCAUGACUAGAACAGUUCACAACAAGCCAACAAUUUUUAGAGAAAAAAAUCGACCUGGGCCAGUAUAAAUCUGAAGGUAUUGUGCAGUGCUAGAGUGAUAUACUGUGCUGUGAGGACUGUGUAUUAUGAACACUGAGGAUGUACAGCCAGUUCUGGGAAGUACUCUGAAGUACCUAAUGAUUUAUGGGGAAGAAACAGCCUUAUGGUACUCUACAGUGAAGUGCUCUGGGAGGUGUUGUGAGGGGACACUUUUGUACACCAGUGUUGUGUGAACUACUGUUAUGUAUUCCAGUGUUGUGUGUACCACUGUUUGCCCCAGUGUUGUGUGUACCACUGUUUGCCCCAGUGUUGUGUGUACCACUGUUUGCCCCAGUGUUGUGUGUACCACUGCUGCUGUGCACCAGUGAUGCUCUGUAUACUCUGUAAAUUACUGCCAUAUUGUUAAUAAAGUUAAAGUUUUCA